AUGACUGCCAAAUCACACGCCAUCCUGCCCACGGCGGGCAGCCCAGACUAUCGCAACCCGAGUGCCGCCAACAGUCACGCGCAACAACCGCCGCACAGGCCAAACCUCAAGAAGCUCGCCCUGGGCGCAUCGCUGGCUCUCGCAACCAUCGGCCUGCUGUAUAAGCCGGCCUUCAGUCACUACCAGCGAAUCUCUCAGCACUCGUGCUCCAAGACGCUGACAGUCGAGGAGAGGGCUCACAAGAUCCUGUCGACCACGCCUUUGAUUGAUGGUCACGUCGACUUCCCGCUUGUUCUCCGUGGCCCGUACGGGAAUCAUCUCACUGGAGAUGACUUCACUGGCCCCUUUGAGAAUGGGACGCUCAAGGGCCACGUCGACCUCGCUCGGCUGAGGGCCGGCCGCGCUGGGGGUGCCUUUUGGAGCGUGUACGCGCCGUGCCCUGCAAACGGCACCGACUUUUCGGAUGACAACUAUGCUGAUAGCCUGCAGUUCACGCUGCAGGAGAUUGACAUCAUGAAGAGGUUAUUCGCCGCAUACCCGGAUGACUUUGCUCACGACAUUGACAGCUCCGAUGCCAUUGACGCCUUCCGAGCCGGGAAGCUCAUCUCCCCCUUGGGCAUCGAAGGCCUUCAUCAGAUUGCCAACCUGGCUGGCAACCUGCGCAUGUUUCGCGACCUCGGCGUGCGAUAUGCGACCCUGACGCACAACUGCCACAACAAGUUUGCAGAUGCAGCUCUGCUGGAGAGCCCCUUUCGGAAAGCAACCCCCGUCUGGGGCGGCAUCAGCCCCCUUGGCCGGCAGCUGGUUCACGAGAUGAAUCGGAUCGGCAUGAUUGUCGAUCUUGCUCACGUCAGCGAAGAUACAAUGAUUGAUGCCCUCGGUGGCAGAGAAGACUGGGAAGGGUCCAAGGCACCCGUCAUCUUCUCCCACAGCUCGGCGUACGGCAUCUGCCCUCACCCGCGCAACGUCAAGGACAAGGUGCUGCAGCUAGUCAAGGAGACCGACUCCCUGGUCAUGGUCAACAUUGCCCCCCAGUUCAUCUCCUGCAUUGACAACGGCAAUGACAACGGCGUCCCCGACGAAGACCCUGACAACGCAACCCUAGAAAGGGUUGUCGACCACAUCACGUACAUUGGAAGCCGCAUUGGCUAUGAUCAUGUCGGCAUCGGCACCGACUUUGACGGCAUUGGCUCGGUCCCCAAGGGUCUGGAGGACGUUUCCAAAUAUCCUGACCUGAUUGCCGAGCUCCUGCGACGAGGAGUCAGCGACGCCGACGCCGCAAAAGUGGUGGGUGACAAUCUGAUCAGGGUUUGGAAGGCCGUGGAUGCCAUCUCCGCCGAGAUGAAGGCCAACGGCGCGCCCGUCAUGGAAGACAAGCUGUAG